GCUGUUCCCGCUGUCCCGCCGCGGCGCGCGGACCCGCCUGCCUCACUGACUGGCCGCCGGUGCCGCCCGCCCCGCACCCUCGGCCCAGAACCCCGCGCCGUCGUCUCGGCGGGCGCCCCGCUCGCGGCACCCGACACAGAUGUGGGAAGAUCAAUGCAAGGGUCUAGAAAGAAGUGUCAGUGAAAAGGAGAGCAACCACUAUUAAGCUAAUAGUGACUUAAGAGUUUCAGUUCUCAGUGAACAGAGAUCCCCGUUUGGAAAAUCCCUUGGGGAAACCACCAAACUGACAGUCUUGAGAGGUGGAUAUACAAAAGAAGCUUUCUUACGUCAGGACUUAAUAAGCACCUCCAUAAUGAAGGAGACAAGUGAUAUGGAGAAUAUAUUUGGGCUGAGAACAGUGAAAUCACUUUUCACAGUUAAAAGACUAUUAAGAAAAUAAGAUGGGGACUCCUGGUUCUGGAAGAAAAAGGACACCUGUGAAAGACCGAUUUUCUGCAGAAGAUGAAGCUUUGAGUAGCAUUGCCAGAGAGGCAGAGGCCAGGCUGGCAGCAAAGCGGGCUGCCCGGGCAGAAGCAAGAGAUAUACGCAUGAGGGAGCUGGAACGACAGCAAAAAGAGCACUCUCAUUAUUCCUUCGAUCGGAAAUGGGGACAGAUUCAGAAGUGGCUGGAAGAUUCAGAACGGGCCAGGUAUUCCCACCGGGCCAGUCAUCAUCGUCCUUACUUGGGAGUUGAGGAUGCACUGUCCACUCGAAGUCUUGGCAGUCACAGGAACUCAUCGAAGGACACAACUGGGACACACUGGAGCAGAGCCAGUACACCCAAAAGGAAGGACAUCAUGUAUGAUGCUCUCAAGGAUAGAUCGUCAAGACUUUCUUCAUUAAAUCAUUCUUAUAGUCACUCUUACGGAAUGAAGAAGAGAUCUUCUGGUUCUCAUAAAGACCUGCUGAGUGGCCUAUACUUUGACCAGAGAAACUAUAGCGGUCUUAGACACAGCAAACCCACUUCUGCCUUCUACACUCGGUCUUCUUCCUUGUACAGUGACCCUCUGGCAACAUCAAAGAGCACCAGGGCCUCCCCUGUUGUGAAUUCUGGUCUGCUGAGAAGUGCCAGUCUGGUGUCACUGUAUGACGGUGGAUUAUAUAACCCCUAUGGUUCUCGAACCCCGUCUGAAUGCAGUUAUUACUCGUCAAGAACAAGCUCAACCCGAAGCAGUCCUGUGUUUGCUGACGAUGACACUGCAAGCAUUGCGUCUUCUGGUCGUGCCAGUCGUGAGCCAAGGGAGAGUGUGGUGUCCGCAGCUGAUUAUUUUAGCCGCUCCAACCGUAGGGGGAGUGUCGUCUCCGAGGUGGACGACAGCAGAAUCCCAGAUCUGACCAGCUUGGAUGAAAAAUCUGACAAACAGUAUGCUGAAAAUUACACAAGGCCUUCAUCUCGAAAUUCUGCCUCAGCAACAACCCCUCUAAGUGGGAAUUCAUCCAGACGAGGGAGUGGGGACACCAGCAGCUUACUAGAUCCAGACACCUCAUUAAGUGAAUUGAGGGAUAUCUAUGACCUUAAGGACCAGAUACAGGAUGUAGAAGGGAGAUACAUGCAGGGGCUUAAAGAACUAAAGGAGUCUCUGUCUGAAGUGGAAGAAAAAUACAAGAAAGCCAUGGUCUCCAAUGCACAGUUAGACAAUGAGAAGAACAAUUUGAUCUACCAGGUGGACACCCUCAAGGAUGUUAUUGAAGAACAGGAAGAACAGAUGGCAGAAUUUUAUAGGGAAAAUGAAGAAAAAUCAAAGGAAUUGGAAAGGCAGAAGCACAUGUGCAGUGUGCUGCAGCACAAGAUGGAUGAGCUGAAAGAAGGCCUUCGACAAAGAGAUGAGCUCAUAGAGGAGAAUCAGCGUAUGCAGCAGAAAGUAGACACCAUGACAAAAGAGGUGUUUGACCUCCAGGAGACACUUCUUUGGAAAGAUAAACACAUUAGGGGCCUAGAGACCCAGAACGAGCACCUUGCCUACCUUAGGACUGAGCGAGAUUCGCUCCGAGAAGCGCUGGCUAGCCUGCAGGAGACGGGGAGGACAGGAGAGAAACAUGGCUUAGUCAUAAUCCCUGAUGGCACCCCCAAUGGUGAUGUCAAUCUUGAACCCAUGGCUGGAGCCAUCACUGUGGUCUCUCAGGAAGCUGCUCAGGUCUUGGAGUCAGCAGGAGAAGGCCCACUAGAUGUGAGGCUACGAAAACUUGCUGCAGAAAAGGAAGAGCUACUGUCGCAGAUUAGAAAACUGAAGCUGCAGUUGGAUGAAGAACGGCAGAGCUGCUCCAAGAAUGGCGGCACUGGGGGUGACCUGGCAGGACUUCAGAAUGGCUCAGACUUGCAAUUCAUCGAACUGCAGAGAGAUGCCAACAGACAAAUUAGUGAGUACAAGUUUAAGCUUUCGAAAGCAGAACAGGAUAUAACGACUUUGGAGCAAAGUAUUGGCCGGCUGGAGGGGCAGGUGCUGAGGUAUAAGACUGCUGCUGAGAAUGCCGAGAAAGUGGAGGAUGAACUGAAAGCAGAAAAGAGGAAGCUGCAACGAGAGUUACGAACAGCGCUGGACAAGAUCGAGGAGAUGGAGAUGACCAACAGUCACCUGGCCAAGCGGCUGGAGAAGAUGAAGGCCAACAGGACAGCGUUGCUGGCACAGCAGUAGACAGGGAGGCCCCACCCAGCGGGGCUGCUGUUCUGUCCACCCACACAAACCCCUUUCCGUACUGUUUUGAGUUUGGUCAUUCAAGUAGCCACCUUUGUAUUUUAUAAUUUAUGAGAGAAUGAAACCAGUUUGAAUCUUCAUGAAUGAACACUUGGGAUUUUAUUUGUAGUUUGAUUCUAGACUAAGAACUGGUGUAUGCUGUUUUUUUUUAUUUCCGUAAUUUUAGAAUCAAGUUUACUCACCGUUCUUCCCCUGCUGCCCUGGUGACUGGGCGCGGAGGCCCUGGCACAAGAUCUGGAGGACAGCGACUCUGAGUGCUCACUGGGGUACUCGCUGGAGACUCAGAAACUCAAGUGCCUUCUCCACGGUGCAGUUCAGACUUCAGUGACCUCCAGUGGCCAAAAGACAUUUACCCUUCGUAUCAGAUAGCAUUUCUAUUUUAGUGAAGAGAUGAGUUCACAGGUGGGGAAUAUGUUUCACUCAAAUUUAUAUGUUUGGAGGAAAAAGCCUUUUUUUGUAAAAUAUUUAAAUUUAUAUAAGAAAAUGUUAGAAAAAGA